AUGUCCAAACUAUUUCCUCUAUUUAUUACAAUCACUAUUACUGUAGCAUCUACAAUCAAACUUAAUAAUCCUAUACUAGUUGAUUAUUUUAGUGACAAAUUAAAUCGGAUUUUCUUAGAUCAAAAUUAUUAACUAUGGUUUGAAUUUGUUAAAUCUAUUGAAAUUCUUAAUCCAAAACAAACUAUUUGCAAAUCAAUUCCAUAUUAAUUUCAAUCAAAAGAUCCAAUUACUAUUCCAUUUCAAAAUAUCACCACAACUUUAUUUGAUAAUAAAUUAAAAACUCUAUUUGUUUUAGAUCAACAAAAACUAACACUCAUCUAAUUUGUAUUUACCAACUUUUCAAUAAGUACCUAUCACUUUAGAAAUGGCUAAAUUAAUUAAAUUAAUCAAAUUGAAACAAAAUCUUAUAAAAUUUAAGAUGGAAUUGCCUUAGCAUAAAUUGAACGACAAUUUUUGAUUCUCCUCAAUAAUAAAUAUUAAUUAAUCCUUUUUGAUAUAAUUAAUCAAAUCUUUGAUGAUCUUUUGUAAUUUUCAUCUCAACCAAUUUGGAUUGCAAGCGCAAAUUCUUUUUUAUUUGUUGGAUUUGAAAAUAAAAUUAUUUAAUACACUCUAAAAGACAAAAAGCUGAUAGAAAUCAAUCAUAUUGAUCUAUUUUUGAAAGAUAGUUCAAUUUUAAUGGUACAAUAAAGUUCUAUUUAUAUAAAAUUUCCUUUAUAUAAGGUUAUUAAAAUAAUAUUUAGUUAAAAUGUAUUAUAGCUUGAAGAUUACUUACAAGAAAAUAUUGAAAUUAAGAGUUUAGCAAUAUCAGGUGAAAAAAUAUCAUAUUUGACGAACGAUUAUGUGUUUUUAAAUUCUAAACACAAAUAGUUUGAAUAAUAUAAUAAAAUUCUAUAAUUCAAUGACCUUUUUAUUUUAUUAUAAAGUGAAGGAGUUCAUAAAGUUUAAUCUGAAUUAAGUGAUGAUUUAUGUAUCUAUAAGUGAUAAUAAAAGCAUUUCCGUUAUACAUUAAACAUUAAAAUGUCAGUGAUGUACAUUUCAUGAAUAAUUAUGGAAUCAAUUAUCACUUAAUAACUAUAUCGCAAGAACUCAUUUAAAUUAAUGAGAUUUAAUUUAUAGAAUCGUUUAUUGAGUGUGAUGAUAGAAUAGAAGAUAAUAAAGAAGAUGUAUUUUUUAUAGCUGAGGCAGAUGGUUGCAAAGAUAAAUAGACAAAAUUUCAUUCUAAUAAUUGUAAAUUCGAAGGGAAAAUUAAAUGUAUAUUUUAAACAAAAUUUUUAGUUAAUAGAAUUUCUAUUUUUUAUUCAAAGUUCUCUGAUCUUACUUAUUUGA